AUGUUAGGGUUGUUUUUCAUAAAAGUUUGUUUGGCUGCAUUUAAAAAAAUGGCUCCAGUUCAUGAUAAUUGUACCCAAUUGCAGUAUUCGUGCACUGCCAGAUAUAUCUACACUGAUGAAAAACCGGUUCGUUUUAUAUUUUACAAGGUCAUAAAUGAUGAUGUAAAAAAAGAAAUUUUAAAGCAACCUUUAAAAUCUACAAUUACUAAAGAGGGUGGGGCAAUAGAGUAUAGUAUUGAACUAGAAACUUUUAGUAAGCGAAAGACUCGAUUUUAUGAUUUAGACUGUAUUGGUAGUGAGUCUAGUAUUUAUCCUUUAAUUUCUGAAAAAAUCACGAUUUCUGUUGAUAGUAGGUGGAUGAAAGAAUUAAUAGAUCGCGGAGAAAUAAUAAAAAUGAAUCUAGGAAUGGAUAAAGAUUUUAAUUAUUUUAGAGUACCGAUAGCUCUGCGUUCAUAUCUUAGCUUUGUUUCUUCGUAUGAAGCAACCUUCGAGAAUGGCGCGCCUGGAUAUACUAUUUUUUUUGAAGAUUUAAUAGAAAAGCAUAUUAUUAAGCUUUCUGAUGAGGAUAAAAAGAAAUGCAUUAAAGAGUUAAAUAAUUUACUUACACUUUCCUCCGAGAAACUAGCUGAUACAUACAAGGGUAAACUAUUUUUACUGUUAGAAGAAAAUCUUUCUCUUCUAAAACCUGUGAUUCGUUGUUUUAAAGAUUUGAUUGAAGUUGAAAAAAACCCAAAGGAGUUUUUAGAAGAAACUAUUUUUGAAAUGGAAAAUAUUUUGAGUUCUAUAAAUUUAGGUAAAUUUAUGCCUAUUUUAGAGAAAGAAGUAGGUUCACUUUAUCCUUCAGGAACAGUAACAGAUUUAAAAUCUAUAGCAAUAAGUCAUGGUGUUAUUACAGAUAUCCUCAAUAUUUGUAGAUAUGCUGUCGACAAUCGUGUUAAGUUUGAUGUAUACGAGGUUUUUGAUCAUUAUGAAAAAUUAAAAUUUAGUUGUUGCUUAGAUAUUAGAAUUAGGAUGAGAAAUUAUGAUCCUGAAAAAUUUGAAAGCGCUAAUGUAAGAACCAACUCAAAUAUGCGUUUAUUUUACGAAUGUGAAGAGUUAAGAGAUGGUUUUAUCAUUAAAGUGUUAUUUAAUCCUGGUCUAGGUCAACGUCCUAUUUCUGCUAUCUGUGUAGACGUAAUGUAUUCUUCUAUGCCGUUUACUACAGAUUUUAUUAAUCUCCAUAGUGCAAUUAACGGUGAACUUUGUUAG